CGUAGAAAAAGUUUUCAUCAACAGCCGCCAUUUUGCGCUGGAGAGACUGAGAAGAAUUUCGGAAUUUGUCGUGUAAAUUUUCUGUUUUUUCUUACAUCAUUUUAUCAUAAACUAUACCAUUCCGUGCAUUUUAAAGUGUUAAGUGAAAUCGUGUUGUUGGAUCGCUAAAAUAAGUUCUAUAAAGUGGCAAAAAUCUGGUGAUAUUGUUUUCAUUCAUUGUGCUAGUUCCGACGGAAGAUGGUGAGAGGGUCUGUGUAGCUCUUCGAUUCGGAGCUUUGUAAUGGCGAAUACUUAGUGAGAAUUUUUAAUAUGUGCCUUCAAUGGUGCGAAGGACAUCGAACGAUCGGGAUGUGGGUGAAUUACAUUAUAAUGAAUGACAAAUCGCUUUAAAAUGUUAUUUCUUGAAAAUAUAAGACAUAUAAGUGUUCUUUGAAUCGGCGGGCCGAAUAUUGACGACGGCUUACGUUUAGUAAACAGAGCCAUGGCCGAUCAUCAUGUGGAUGAACCGCCGAACAAGCGGGCUAAAAUGAUCCGGGACCCUUUCCAGGGUCCCUCGGACGCCGCAGAUGGGUUUUCUAACCUUGACAUGUUCGACCUCGAGAACAACCUCCCAGAUGAGCUCAUGGGGGGCUCGUGGGGCGAACAGACCGGCGUGCCGGGCCCCAAGCCCCCUGCGCAGGGCCCAGGUCCCGGGGGGCAGAUGGCCCCGCAGCAGCUCAACGGAGACGAUCCCACUGCUGCAAUGCAGCGGCAAGUUCAUAAUCACCUUAUUCAACAAGGCAAGGCUGGCUUAGUCGGCCACAACAACCCACUUGGAUUGGGUAGUUUAGGCAGCAAGAGUCCAAAUUUGCAGUCUCCCCCCAACGUUUCCGUGUCGAAGGACAUGAUGGGUGGCAUGCACCCGCAACUAAUGCCAAAUACAAGUCAUCCAAAUCAACUACAUUCGACCAUGCCGAUGAACUCUAUUCAAGGUGGUAUGGUGGCAAAUGUAGGAGGCAGUAUGAUAGUGACUAAUAGUAAUAUGACCAGUGCUGGGAUGCUCGGGAGCGGCAUCAUCAACAACGUAAACAAGCAGCUCCCGCUCAUGGGCAAUAACCAUCACGGGCCGCAGCACCAUCCGCACGCACAGGCGAUGGGCAACGGCCCGCUGGGCGGUCGCGUGAACGCCCUGGCGCCGGCGAUGCGCGGCGCGCUGCCGCACCACGCGCGCAUGUCGGCGCCGAGCGGCGGGCACCCCAUCGCGCCCUACCACCCCGCGUACGGCACGUCGCCCGGCGCGGCCGGCGUGCAGCCGCAGCGGCCGCAGGGGCUGCGCUUCGGCGCGCCCGAGCAGCAGGGCGGCCAGGCGCCGCAGGCCGUGCCGCCCGCGCCCAGCCCGCAGACCCCCGGCGCGCCCGCCGGCGGACAGAGCCAGCCCAGGUAUGUCUACUACAGCACGUCGCCCGGCGCGGCCGGCGUGCAGCCGCAGCGGCCGCAGGGGCUGCGCUUCGGCGCGCCCGAGCAGCAGGGCGGCCAGGCGCCGCAGGCCGUGCCGCCCGCGCCCAGCCCGCAGACCCCCGGCGCGCCCGCCGGCGGACAGAGCCAGCCGCAGGCCGCCACACAAGGUGCGGCGCCGCCCGGUCCCGGCGGCCCCCAACAGGCGCCCUCGGGCUCCAUCGCGGACCCGGAGAAGCGCAAGCUCAUCCAGCAACAAUUGGUGCUGCUGCUGCACGCGCACAAGUGCCAGCGGCGGGAGUCGCAGAACAACGGCGAGGUCUGGCAGUGCACGCUACCCCACUGCAAGACCAUGAAGGGUGUGCUCAAUCAUAUGAUGUCUUGUCAAGCCGGCAAGAACUGCGCAGUGCCUCACUGCUCGUCGUCUCGACAAAUCAUAAAUCAUUGGAAACACUGCAAUAAAAAUGACUGCCCUGUCUGCCUACCUCUCAAACAGGCGGACCGGUCUAGAAAUAAUACACAAAUAAAUGCAGCCGUCUCCGCGCCGCACUCGGGCGUGGCGCCCCCGGGGGUGGCGCCCGGGGGCGCGGCGGGCCCGGCGCCCCCGCAGCCGGCGCCGGACAUGAAGCGCGCGUACGAGGCGCUGGGCAUCGCGUGCCCCACCAGCGUGGGCAUGUUCCCGCGCGCGCGCCUGCCCGGCCAGGGCGGCCCGCCGCGCCCCCCUCUCACCGACGUGCAGCCCGCCCAGGGCCCCAUGCAGCCGCUCUUCCAGCACAUGCCCGACUCCAUGCAGCACCAGCAGCUGAUGGGAGCCGGCACAAUCCAACUUCCCGGCGGCCCCGUCACCGCCAACCCCGUCUCUGGCACGAAGGAGUGGCACCAGUCUAUAACAGCCGAUCUCAGAAACCAUCUUGUUCAUAAACUGGUGCAAGCUAUCUUCCCAACGCCAGACCCCACAGCAAUGUUAGAUAAGAGGAUGCACAACCUAGUAGCGUACGCGAGGAAAGUGGAAGGCGACAUGUACGAGAUGGCCAGCACGCGCUCCGAGUACUACCACCUGCUGGCCGAGAAGAUAUACAAGAUACAGAAGGAGUUAGAAGAGAAGAGACAGAAGAGGAAGGAGCAGCAGCUGCAAGCGCAGCAGCAGGGGCUGCAGCAGCCCGGCAUGCCUCCCGGUGGCAAGGUGAUGGCAGGCGCGCGGCCCCUGGGCCCCGGCAGCGUGGGCCCGGGCGCCGGGCCGGGGGCGGGGGUCGGCAUGCCCCGCGCGGGCGCGCCGCUGGGCAUGCGCAUCCCGUCGCCCGGCGUGGGCGUGGGCGUGGGCGGGCUGCUGGCGGGCGGCCGCGUGGCCUUCUCCGCCGCGCCGCCCGGGCCCUCGCCCGGCCUGCCGCCCACGCCCAACGGCGCGCAGCCCGGCAUGUCGCCCUUCCAGGCCAUGGCCUCGCCCGCCCCCGCGCCCCCGUCCGCGCCCCCCUGCGCCCCCGCCUCCGCUGCGCCGCAGUACGCGCCCGCUCUAGACCCCGCUCAACAGCAACAGCAGCAGCAGGUGCAAGCCGACCAAGCCAAGAUGCGACUGUCGGGCGGUCCGGCCGCCAGCCCCUUCAUGAACCACACGUUCGGGCGGGCGUCCCCCUCGCCGGGCCCGGGUGGGGGAGGGGUGGGGGUGGGCGCGCCGCCCCCCGCGACGCCCAGCACGCCGGCGCCGCCGACGCCCGCGCCCGCGCCCGCGCCCUCGCCGCCGCCGGACCCGGCGCCCGACGUGCGCGUCAAGGAGGAGCCCGUCGACCCCGACGCCGGCGGCAAGCACAUGCGCGACGAGCCCGCCGACUCCAACGCCGCCGCCGCCGCCGCCAUGCCCCAGCCCCAGACCAAUGACACCUUCGCCACCGUCAAGCAGGAGAUCAAGCAAGAAAUUAAGACGGAGGUUAAAGAGGAGCCCGUGGAAGCCACGGGCAGCGUCGAACCGGCAGGCGGUCCGAAGCGCAUAUUCGUGUUCAAGCCCGAAGACCUACGCCAAGCUCUCAUGCCGACGCUAGAGAAGCUGUUCCGCCUCGACGAGUCCGCGCCCUUCCGCCAGCCGGUGGACGCGCAGGCCCUCGGCAUCCCGGACUACUUCGACAUCGUCACCAAGCCCAUAGAUCUGUCCACCAUCAAGAUGAAGCUCGACCGCGGCGAGUACAAGGACCCCUGGGAGUACGUCGACGAUGUCUGGCUCAUGUUCGAUAACGCGUGGCUUUAUAAUAGGAAGAAUUCGAGGGUCUACAGAUAUUGUACAAAGCUGUCGGAGGUGUUCGAGCAGGAGAUUGACCCGGUGAUGCAGAGCCUGGGCUACUGCUGCGGGCGGAAGUACACGUUCAACCCGCAGGUGCUGUGCUGCUAUGGCAAGCAGCUCUGCACCAUCCCGAGGGACGCCAAAUACUUCAGCUACCAGAACAGAUACACCUUCUGCCAGAAAUGCUUCAACGACAUCCAGGGUGACACCGUCACGCUCGGCGACGAUCCCAUGCAGACGCAAACAGCGAUCAAAAAGGAUCAGUUCAAAGAGAUGAAGAACGACCACCUGGAGCAAGAGCCGUUCGUCGUCUGCAUGGACUGCGGUCGGAAGCAGCACCAGAUCUGCGUGCUGCACCACGACUCCAUCUGGCCCCAGGGCUUCUGCUGUGAUAACUGCCUCAAGAAGAAGGGGGCGAAGAGAAAAGAUAACAAGUUCUGCGCUAAGAGGCUGCCCUCCUCCAAGCUCGGCCAGUAUAUAGAGACUAGAGUCAACAACUUCCUUAAGAAGAAAGAGGCCGGGUCGGGCGAGGUGCAUAUCAGGGUGGUUGCGUCGUCAGAUAAGAUGGUGGAAGUGAAGCCCGGCAUGCGCUCGCGGUUCGUGGAGUCGGGCGAGCUGUGCGCCGAGUUCCCGUACCGCGCCAAGGCGUUGUUCGCGUUCGAGGAGGUCGACGGCGUCGACGUCUGUUUCUUUGGCAUGCAUGUCCAGGAAUACGGGAGCGAAAGUCCAUCACCGAACACGAGGCGUGUUUACAUAGCAUAUCUAGACUCGGUACACUUCUUCAACCCGCAGCAAUACCGGACGGCGGUGUACCACGAGAUACUAUUAGGUUACCUAGACUACGCCAAGCAACUCGGCUACACCAUGGCCCACAUCUGGGCCUGCCCGCCCUCGGAGGGCGACGACUACAUUUUCCACUGCCAUCCGCCUGAGCAAAAAAUACCCAAACCCAAAAGACUACAGGAGUGGUACAAGAAAAUGUUAGACAAGGGUAUUAUAGAGAGGAUAAUUUUAGACUACAAGGAUAUUCUUAAGCAAGCGAUGGAGGACAACAUCUCGUCGGCGGCGGAACUGCCGUAUUUCGAGGGGGACUUCUGGCCUAAUGUGCUCGAGGAGUCCAUCAAGGAGCUCGACCAGGAGGAGGAGGAGAAAAGAAAACAGGCUGAAGCCGCUGAGGCAGUGAUAUUCCAGUCGUCGGAGGACACCGAGGCAGGUCCCGACGGCAAAAAGAAGGGCCAGAAGAAAGCCAAAAAGUCGAACAAGUCGAAAGCGGCGCAGAGGAAGAACAGCAAGAAACAGAGCGACCAGCAGCAGGGCAGCGACCUCAGUGCGAAGAUAUUCGCGACGAUGGAGAAACACAAGGAGGUGUUCUUCGUCAUUAGGCUACAUUCCGCGCAGUCUGCUGCCAGCUUAGCGCCGAUCGGGGACCCCGACCCCCUGGUGAACUGCGACCUGAUGGACGGACGCGACGCCUUCCUCACCAUGGCGCGCGACCGCCACUACGAGUUCUCCUCCACGCGACGAGCGCGCUUCUCCACGCUCUGCAUGCUCUACGAGCUGCACAACCAGGGCCAGGACAAGUUCGUCUACACCUGCAACUCGUGCAAGUCCCACGUUGAGACGCGCUACCACUGCACCGUCUGCGACGACUUCGACCUCUGCGUGCCCUGCUACGAGAAGGAGGGCCACCCGCACCGCAUGGAGAAGCUCGGCCUCGACAUCGACGUGGGCUCCUCCCCCGGCGACAUGAAGCAGGCCAACCCGCAGGAGGCGCGCAAGCUCUCCAUCCAGCGCUGCAUCCAGUCGCUGGUGCACGCGUGCCAGUGCCGCGACGCCAACUGCCGUCUGCCCUCGUGCCAGAAGAUGAAGCGCGUCGUCGCGCACACCAAGAUCUGCAAGCGGAAGACGAAGGGCGACUGCCCGAUCUGCAAGCAGCUGAUCGCGCUGUGCUGCUACCACGCGAAGCACUGCCAGGAGACCAAGUGCUCGGUGCCGUUCUGCUCGAGCAUCAAGCAGAAGCUGAAGCAGCAGCAGGUGCAGCAGCGCGUGCAGCAGCAGCAGCUGCUACGGCGGCGCAUGGCGGCCAUGAACACGCGCGGCAUGCCGCCGGCGGGCCCCAGUCCGCCGCCCGCGCCGCCGCUGGGCUCGCCGCCGCCCUCCAAGCCGCAGCCGCACGCGCUGCCCCACAACGUGCAGAAGGCGCUCCAGCAGGUGCAGGAAGAGGCGGCGCGGCAGCAGGCGCCGUCGUACGGCAAGCAGGCGGCCGUGGGCGCGCCGCGCGGCGCCGACUGGGCCGCGCGCUACCGCGCAGGCGCGCCGCCCCCCCUCCACCACCCCCUGCACCCGCGACACGUGCACCCCGCCGCGCUGCAGCAGCACCACCCCGUCGCGCUGCAGCAGCACCAGCUCCUCGCCUCGCUGCAGCACCACACGCCGUUGCAGCAACAAACCCAACAGCAGCAGCAACAACAGGCGCAGCAGCAGCAAGUCCAGCAGCAUCAAGUGCAGCAGCAGCAGCAAGUGCAGCAGCAGCAGCAACAGCAGCAGGCGGCGCAGCAGCAGGCGGCGGCGGCGGCGCGGGUGGGCGCCGUGGCGGCGGGCGCGGGCGCGGGCGUGGCGCCGGGGGGCGUGGCGCCGGGGGGCGCGGGCGCGGCGCCGGGGGGCGCGGCUCCGCAGAUGCACCAGAAGGCGCUGCAGCAGCUCAUGGCCACGCUGCGCUCGCCCACCAGCCACAACCAGCAGCAGGAGAUCCUGCAGAUACUCAAGUCCAACCCGCCGCUCAUGGCCGCCUUCAUCAAGCAGCGACAGAACGCCCAGAACCAGCAAGCGGCUGGCAACGUGGGCGGCGUGGGCAACGUGAGCGGCGUCGGCGUCGGCGUCGGCUCGCUCGGCGUCGGCGUCGGCGCGCAGCAGCCGCUGCAGCACAUGAUGCAGCAGCCGCGCAUGCAGCCCAUGCAUCAGAUGCUGCCCCAGCAAGGACAGGUCGGCGGUCCCCCCGGAGGUGUCGGCGUCGGCGUCGGCUCGGUGGGGGGAGUGGGAGUGGGAGUGGGCGGCGUGGGGCCGGGGGGCAUGGGCCCCGGCAUGGCGCACGGCGCGGCGGGCUGGCUGCGCGCGGGUGUGGGGGUGGCGCCGGCGGGCGUGCGGCCGUACGGCGUGCGGCACGGCGCGCGCUACUUCGGCGCGGGCGCGCUGCCCCGCUCGCCGCCCGCCUCCUCCCCGCGGCCGGCGGGCGAGCUGCUGCUGCUGCGACAGUCGCCCGCGCCGCCGCCGCCGCACCCGCCGGACGACCAGCUGCCGCCGAUGACGCCGCAGGACCAGCUGACCAAGUUCGUCGAACAGUUGUAGUGUACAUAGUGCCGCGCCUUGUAAAUAUAGCCGGCGCCCAAAGCCCGACCCCGCCCUAUUUAUUUACGAUGAAAUUAUCGUUAGCGACGACUAAAUUAAGUAUUAUGAACGAAUCGAGCGCUCAAUGUACAAAUUGUAAAUAUGAG